GAACAAUAGUAGCGGUGUACACAGGAACUAUUGCGUCGUUUCUGUGUUCUGGGGAAGUUUUGUUUUUUGGGCGUUUCGUGGUACAAGUCGACUGUACCAGUAUUAAUAUACAGCCAAGUGUGCGAACAUGCCGAAGGUGGUUUCCAGAAGCGUCGUGUGCUCGGACACCAGAGACAGAGAGGAGUACGACGACGGAGAGAAGCCGCUCCAUGUCUACUACUGCCUGUGCGGCCAGAUGGUUUUGGUCCUGGAUUGCCAGCUGGAGAAGCUACCUAUGAGGCCCCGGGACCGAGCCAGGGUGAUCGACGCGGCCAAGCAUGCCCACAAGUUCUGCAACGUGGAGGAGGACGAAAACGCGUACAUCAAGAGGGCCGAGGGCAUCGAGAGGCAGUACCGCAAGAAAUGCGGCAAAUGCGGCCUGCUGCUCUUCUACCAGCACCAGGAGAAGAACAACCUGGCCACCUUCAUCGUGGAGGGAGCCGUGGUCAAGUUCGGACAGGGCUUUGGCAACACCAGCGUCUAUAGCCAGAAGCAGCCGGAGGCUCCCAAGAAAGUCCGCGUGAUGAUGACCAAGCGGACCAAAGACAUGGGCAAGUUCAGCUCCGUCACGGUUUCCACCAUCGACGAGGAGGAGGAGGAGAUCGAGGCCAGGGAGGUGGCGGACUCCUAUGCCCAGAAUGCAAAAGUGAUCGAGAAGCAGCUGGAGAGGAAAGGUAUGAGCAAGAGGAGGCUGCAGGAGCUGGCUGAGCUGGAGGCCAAGAAGGCGAAGAUGAAGGGCACUCUCAUUGAUAAUCAGUUCAAAUAGAUGACUGAUAGAGGAACACUGUGGCCCUUGCUCCUAGGAGACCCUGCCUCUGCUCUGCCUGGGACUUGUUAUACACGCAGGGCAGUAUGUGGACUCAUAAAACAGGACUGGUGACGAGUGUAGUAGCUGUAUAAUAAGAAUGUGAUCCCGAUCUGAGGUUGUUACCCUUUAAAUUAGUUUGUCAUGAUGUUUUGUACAUAUAGGGAAAGUCAAAAUAAACAUUUUCUUUUGGUAAUCCUUUAA